CGCGGUUUGCUCAUCGUUUUCGUAUUUGAACAUGCUACCGGAACUUUUGACUACAGCGGAAGGGCCACGUUGAAGGAUGUUAAGGAAUUUUUCAACACAGCCGAAAGCAUCCUUUUGCUCAGAAGGAGCUAUUCUCACAUUGUGGAUGGCUAUGAUCCGGAUUGUAUCUACAUUCGGAAAACAACCAUAAAAGAGACGGAGAUGUCGCUGAUUGAACACUAUCACUUUGGCAAUCCAAGCUUUUUCGAUUUUUCGAUCACGGACAAGAUGAUGAUUUUUCGCUCACAACCAACGGUGCCGACGCCGACGGCGGAAUUUCUGCGCCAGCGAAACUGCACAGCCUACCGUGUAUUCAUGAAGAUGUCCAAGGAAAAUGGAAUAGACGUAGCCCCCGUGUUGGAGGCCGCGAGAAUCAGAGUGCCAUGGUGCCCCUUUAAUAAAAUCGUGGCGUCCUCAUUAACCAGGACUCACACAAAAGAGUACUUAAAUGGAAGGAAAUACGUUUUUUCAAUACUACGAUUCAAAGGAUAA